AUGUCGAGCCCCAAAGCGACGCCGGUUUCGGAUCAAAUAGUCCCAAAGAAGAGGAAGAAGAGUAGCAAAUCCCAUGGAAAUACCGCAGAGACUGUCCCCACCAAGACGGACGAUGGAGGAUCGAAAGUACGACGAAAGGGCAACACCAAACCCUCUCUUUCACGCGCCAACUCAUCCAUCCAUGUGGAAUCCAGCAUUCCCUGGCCCAAAGCCUUUCAAUCACUGGCUCAAGUACAUGCGGCGUUGAAUCUGACCUACACCUUUUGCUCGACCCGCAAACAUUUCGCCACCACGCUGGACAAUCUGCGCAGUACGGUCGAGGGGAGCCUGAAGCGAGCAUUAUUGAUUGAAGAUGUGGCCAAGGUAAUGACAUUAAUCCCACAUGCCAUGCACUUCCAAUACGUCGAUGAGAUGAUGUUGCAGGUGGCGUUGAUGGGGGAGGAAGACAUGCGCAAGGGAAGAGAUGUCAAGCACAUCUUCCCCCAACAUCCCGCCGAGGAGAGGAAUGUCAGGGAGGGUUUGGGUCGGGAAGAGGGGAAGGAAGCCUUGUUUUUGGAAUUCGUCGAUGGGGAUUUGAAGAGGGAGGUGCUCGACAACAAGACGGGCGAAAUUGUGCGGCCGCGCAAGAAGAUUCGGGAGGAGGAAUUGAAAAUGCCCGUCUUCAGUCAAAAACAGCUGAUAAAGUUGAUUGAAAAGCGGAAUGCAAAGUUCACCUCAGCCGUCAAUGGCUGGUUGAAUGAAUGUGCCGACAAGGGGGUCGAUGCGGUGGAGAGAUUGGCAGACGAGCAUCUUCAAUAUAUUCCUCGUCUAUCUAUUCGGACUGCAUCCCCACAGUUGGACGACACCACCCCUCACACCAUCCCCGUCGAAAGGAAGAGCAUUGCCGAAAUUAUUGAAGAAGUCAAGGGAUUGGAAUGGUAUACCGGCCAGAUUGUCCCCGACGGCCAUCGAGUCUUUGACCCCCAAGAAGCCGUCUAUGGAGAGUUGGAUUUCCCCCUCAGUCAAGAAUUGGUCAAUGCCCUCUACAACACCCGCUCCAUUCAACAUCUCUACUCCCACCAAACCGAAGCCAUCAACGCCCUGCACGCCGGACACAAUGUCAUCAUUGCAACAUCCACCUCCUCGGGAAAGUCUCUCAUCUAUCAACUCCCCGUCUUGCAUGCGUUGGAAACGGCCCCGGAAACGCGAGCCAUGUACAUCUUCCCCACCAAAGCUCUGGCGCAGGAUCAAAAACGCAGUCUUCAAAACAUCCUCUCCUACUUACCAUCCUUGGAGCAUGUGCUGUGUGAGACUUUUGACGGCGACACUCCAUUUGCAGAGAGAAAUGGUAUCCGUGAUGAAGCCCGCAUCAUCUUCACCAACCCCGACAUGCUCCAUCUCACCAUCCUUCCACAAGAAGAGAAGUGGAGAUCUUUCCUGCAAAACCUCCGUUACGUCGUCAUGGAUGAAUUGCACGUCUACAACGGUCUCUUCGGCUCCCACGUUGCCUUCAUCAUGCGGAGAUUGAGGAGAAUCUGCGCGGCGGUUGGGAAUAACCACGUCAAAUUCAUCUCCUGCUCUGCGACGGUCGCCAAUCCUGAAGAACACUUCCGCACCAUCUUCGGGAUUGAAGAUGUCAAGCUGAUUGACUUUGAUGGCUCCCCCUCAGGAAGGAAGGAGUUCCUCUGCUGGAACACUCCCUACAAAGACCCCGGAGACCCCACCUCUGGACGAGGAGACUCCUUUGCGGAAACGGCAAGAUUAUUCUGUCAGCUCAUCUUGCGAGGGAUACGAGUCAUCACCUUUUGUCGCAUUCGGAGGUAUUGUGAGAUAUUAACCACCGCCAUCAAAGCCGAACUCUCCUCAUUAAAUCGCUMCGAAGUGAUGAAUCGUGUCAUGGCGUAUCGCGGGGGCUACACCCCGCAAGAUCGAAGGAGGAUUGAAAAGGAAAUGUUUGAAGGGAAACUGGUGGGCAUUAUUGGCACCUCUGCUCUGGAAUUAGGAGUUGAUAUUGGGUCCUUGGAUGCCGUCAUCUCCCAUGGCUUCCCCUACACGAUCGCCAAUCUCCGCCAACAAUCCGGUCGCGCAGGACGUCGAAAUAWAGACAGCCUCAGCAUCCUCGUGGGGGACUGUUUCCCCACCGACCAGUACUUCAUGAAUAACCCCGAUGAAAUCUUCACCCGUCCCAACUGCGAAUUACAAGUCGACUUGGGAAAUAUGCUCUGCUUAGAAGGACACAUCCAAUGCGCCGCCCACGAAAUGCCCAUCACCCCCGAUCAAGACAAACAAUACUUUGGCAAAGGCCUCCCAGAAAUCUGCGAGGAGCGUCUCCGAAAAGACUCCCUCGGAUUCUACCACACAGCCGAACGCUUCCUCCCCCAACCCUCCCGCAGCGUCGCCAUCCGCGACACAGAAGAAGACCACUUCGCCAUCAUCGACACGACCCACGGCGCCAACACUCUUCUUGAAGAACUAGAAGCGAGCCGCGCCUUCUUCACCCUCUACGAAGGCGGCAUAUUCCUCCAUCAAGGCCGCAAAUUCCUCAUCCAAGCCUUCCUCCCCGACCGAAAAAUCGCCCAAGUCGUCCGCGUACACGUAGAUUGGAUCACUCAACAACGCGACUUCACCACAAUCGACCCCCUAGAAACCGAACGUCUCCGUACCUUACCUUCUCCAAGUCGAAGUAAAGUCUACUUCGGAACAAUGAAAAUCUCCCAACAAGUCUUUGGAUUUUUCAAACUCGAUCAGAAGAAACGUAUCCUCGAUGCUGUGGAAGUGGAUAAUCCUCCUGUGAUUAUGUUUUCUAAAGGACUCUGGUUGGAUCUCCCUCGUCAAAGUCUUGAAAUUUUGGAGGAUAAGGGUUGGGAUGUUGCGGAGGGGAUUCAUGCUGCUGAACAUGCGAUUUUAUCUCUUGUGCCGAAUUUUUUGGUUAGUUUACCGGGGGAUGUUAGGACGGAAUGUAAAUUUCAGGGGCAGGAUUUCUCCAAUAAUGGUAAGAAGAAGAAGGGGAGUGGUAGUAUGAAACGACCCGCUCGUCUAACUUUCUACGACGCUAAACCAGGCGGAAAUGGAAAUUCGAGCAAGAUUUUUGAAUUUUUACCGAUUCUAUUGGAGAAGGCUUUGGAGAGAAUUGAAGAGUGUGUUUGUGUGGGAGGGUGUUUGGAAUGUUGUUGUGCUGGGGAGGGAUGUAGAAGUAGAAGUAGAGGGGUGGAUCUGGGAGGGAAGAAUGGUUUGGGGAGUGCUGGUGGUAGUAGUUGUAAAAUCUCGGCAGAGGUGAUUUUGAAGGGGGUGCUUGGGAGGGAGGUUUGUGUUGAGGAUUUGCCUUGGGGGGAUGGGGAUGAUGGGGGGGAUGAGGGAGAGGGGGUUUAUUUGGCGGAGACGAUUGUUGGGAGGGGAGUGAAGGUUUAUGGGGAGGAUGGGAGGAGGGUUAAAGUUGAGGAGGAGGAGGAGGAGUGA